UCAAUUUUUCAGCAUGGCGACGUUGAGGCAGAUUCCGCUGAGCUGCAGUGGACAUACGAGGCCCGUUGUUCACCUAGAUUUCAGCGGAAUCACACCCGAUGGGUAUUUCCUCAUCAGUGCUUGCAAAGAUGGCAAGCCAAUGCUUCGGCAGGGAGAGACGGGUGACUGGGUGGGGACGUUUGAUGGCCACAAGGGGGCUGUCUGGGGUGCAACACUGAACAUGGAGGCCACCCGAGCAGCCACCGGAGCUGCAGAUUUCACAGCCAAAGUGUGGGAUCCCAUUUCUGGGGAUGAGCUACACAGCUUUGCCCACAAACACAUCGUCAAGGCAGUCCACUUCUCAAAGGACACCGGCAGGCUACUCACGGGAAGCAACGAGAAGAAACUCAGGAUCUUUGACCUUGCCAAGGUGGAGGCGGAGCCAGUGGAGAUUCCCGCCCACACAGCUAACAUCCGCUGUGCGCUGUGGUGCAGCGAUGACAAGAAGCUGAUUAGCGCGUCAGACGAUAAGACAGUCAGUGUCUGGGACAUGGCCAGCGGUGAAGAGAUCAAGAAGGUUACCCUGGACACAGGCACCAUCAGCUUGGACUUGACCAAGAGUGGAGAUGUCUGCACUGUCUCCCAUGGCCAAAAAAUCAGCUUCUACGAUACAGACAGAUUUGAGUUGAUCAAGACUCUUGACGCACCCUGCACCAUCAACUCGGCCUCUCUCCACCCAGACAAAACCUGCUUCGUGGCCGGAGGGGAAGAUCUAAAGAUCUACAAAUUUGAUUAUUCAGAUGGAAAGGAAUUGGAGUCCUACAAGGGCCACUUCGGUCCUGUCCACUGUGUCCGUUUCUCCCCGGACGGUGAGCUCUACGCCAGUGGCUCAGAGGACGGCACUCUGCGUCUCUGGCAGAUGACACUGGGCAAGACCUACGGACUCUGGAAGUGCAUCGAACCCGACGAGGCCGCGCUGGAUGCGUGCGCCGGGGCGGAUGUUGUGGCCCCUCUGGUUACUGAAGCUGAAUCGUGAUAGGCAGAGAAUAUGAACAGCCGUCGGAUUUAAAUUUGAUAUUGAUGUCGCAGGUAUUUUGGCCACCGUAAAGACUGUGUAUACAUAACCUCUCAGAGACAGGGGAAGAAAAUACAGUGCAAGUAUACGUUGGUACAUGUAAAUAUAAGUAGGUACGUCAAAUGUGCUAUAAAGAGAUGGUGAGUGCUCUUGCGCAGUGUUUUUAUCAACCCAUCCUUCUUGACAACACUCAUACUUUUUCUGUAGUUGUGGGCACUACACACGUGUUGAAAUAUAGAUGUUGUGUCCACCAAAAACGGACUUGGGACACAUUUUUUGUCGCUACAACCCAGUCUCGAUUUUCCUCAUGAACGAAUUUACCCACUCAAUGCUGUGAAGGCUACACACAAGCAUGUUCAGUGUUUGUGUCCAACGUGUGAGGUGAAUCCUCUCAUCAUGUCCACAAGCGAAGUUUACAGUACUCAAAGGUCACGCUGCGUUGAUUUUCACCGAGUUGUUUGCGGAGUGAGUCUGCACUUUGACCUUGCGACUUCCUUGAAUAUUUUUUGAAAAUAAAUAAUUGUUGACUGCUGUGACGUUGGACUUUUGUCUUUUUUUGUAACCACUUGAGAAUGUCAUUCUUUGCCCUCUCGUGUUAAAAAGAACACAUCCCAAAUCAUAGCAGUUAGCAAUUGUUUGAUGUCACCGACUUGCUCUAAGACUAUUUAUUCACAAACCCUUCAUCGCAGUUGUGAAAGUCAGGGUACCAGGUAACUUCCGCAGCGAGGCACAUCAGCCAAUUAAUCGUACACUAUAUCUAACAGCAAAAUCUGUACAAUUCACCCUCAAAGGGUGAAAUAUCGGUAUUUUGUAUAUUAAUGUACACGGUGUAGGAUAGCUAGAAAUAAUCAGAUUUCAAACAGGUCGGAUUGGCAUUGUGAUGACUGAAUGGUUGUAAUAUUCAGCAAAUGAAAACUUCUGAUAUUGUGAGUUACUUUUGUUAAACAUGUCAGCAGAUUGUACAUCAAUAAGUAGAGUUUGUUGCUCCGAGAAUUUGCAGGGUUUGUUUUCACCACUAUUACCAGAAACUUGUUCCUGUUACGCUUGUUAGUUGAGCGUUUUUGCAUCUUCAGUUGUGCCCGUGUGAUGUCAUUAUUCUGGCCAAAUGAGAAGCGGUGGUUGGAGGCGAUUCACUGCUGGUUCAAAAAGGCAGAAAUAAGAACGCAUUGUUUUUUCUCCAAAGUGAGUGCACAUUAUGUAUCCCUCAAUUUCUUGUUGCUUACAGUGAAACAAAAUGGAUGGUUUCUUCUAAAAUAUAGAAAAAGAGCAGCAGUUGGAAUCUUGCCAAAUAUUGAAUAUUUGAAAUGACAGUAUGGUCAACAAUAUCGUCUGCCACCUGGUAUGUCAUCUCUGUUGGUUUUUUGUUUUUGGGGGGUUUUUUGGUGGCGCUGUCUGAAAAACAUCUGGUUAUCGUCCUAAUGGUAUGAUCAUGAUUGUGGUUUAAGGGUCACAAAAACACUAUCUUUACACUUUACACUUUAUCUUCUUCUUUGAUCCUAACCCUGCUAGACGCAGCACAGUGCAUCAGGUGAAAAGUUUGAUGCACUUGGCAAUCAACAGCAGCCAAACUAACAAGCCAUGUUGAGACAAUGGGAGCCAGCCCCAUUGUACCAUGUCACUGUUGGAUCUUGUGGUGUCUUGCAACCACAGACUCCCAGGUUGUUUGACCUUGGGAGAGAUGACCUGUUAUACUGUCUUGUUAUACUGGGAAGGGAAAGCCACUUUGACAAAUGAUGCAGACUGAUGUGUCUGGCAAGGUUUCUAGCCAAAGUACCCUGGAGGGUUAGGGUUAAAUUGCCCUCUAUCGCCGCUGCUUUUGCUGAAUAGAGUACCGAAAUGUGACAUCAUUUUUGACCAUGAAGUCUAGUGUAAACAAAUGGAGUAUAUGAUGAUUCUGGAACUACAUGUAAUGUUUUCAAGAUGUAUUUUUUGCGUUGGGGAGAUGUAAAUUUAUAUGACAGGUUUUGCCCU